AGCUGUCGCGGGCAGCCGCCUCACAGCGAUGGCGGCCGAACAGGGCCGGCAGCGGUGGCGGCUGCGGCUACGGCCGGAGACGGCAAUGGUGGCGGUAGCGGUGGGUGUCGGGGGCCUGUGACCGGGAGCCGUCCCCGGACCCGGGCACCAUGAGCCAAGGCCCCCCGACAGGGGAGAGCAGCGAGCCCGAAGCAAAGGUCCUCCACACUAAGCGGCUUUACCGGGCUGUGGUGGAGGCUGUGCAUCGACUUGACCUCAUCCUUUGCAACAAAACCGCUUAUCAAGAAGUGUUCAAACCCGAGAACAUUAGUCUGAGGAACAAGCUGCGUGAGCUCUGCGUCAAGCUUAUGUUCCUGCACCCAGUGGACUAUGGGAGGAAGGCUGAGGAGCUGCUAUGGAGAAAGGUAUACUAUGAAGUUAUCCAGCUUAUCAAGACUAACAAAAAGCACAUCCACAGCCGAAGUACAUUGGAAUGUGCCUACAGAACACACCUGGUUGCUGGUAUUGGCUUCUACCAGCAUCUCCUUCUCUAUAUCCAGUCCCAUUACCAGCUUGAAUUGCAAUGCUGUAUCGACUGGACCCAUGUCACCGACCCCCUCAUAGGAUGCAAGAAACCAGUGUCUGCCUCAGGGAAGGAGAUGGAUUGGGCACAGAUGGCAUGCCACCGAUGUCUAGUGUACCUGGGGGAUUUGUCACGAUAUCAGAAUGAAUUAGCUGGCGUAGACACGGAGCUGCUAGCUGAGAGAUUUUACUACCAAGCCCUGUCAGUAGCUCCCCAGAUUGGAAUGCCCUUCAACCAGCUGGGCACCCUUGCAGGCAGCAAGUACUAUAAUGUGGAAGCCAUGUAUUGCUACCUGCGCUGCAUCCAGUCAGAAGUGUCCUUUGAGGGGGCCUAUGGAAACCUCAAGCGGCUAUAUGACAAGGCUGCCAAAAUGUACCACCAGCUGAAAAAGUGUGAGACUCGAAAGCUAUCUCCUAGCAAGAAGAGAUGUAAAGACAUUAAGAGGUUGUUGGUGAACUUUAUGUAUCUUCAAAGUCUUCUACAGCCCAAAAGCAGCUCGGUGGACUCGGAGCUAACAUCACUUUGCCAGUCAGUCCUGGAGGACUUCAACCUCUGUCUCUUCUACCUGCCCUCUUCACCCAACCUCAGCCAGUCCAGUGAAGAUGAGGAGGAGUAUGAGAGUGGCUAUGCUUUUCUCCCGGACCUGCUUAUCUUUCAAAUGAUCAUCAUCUGCCUUAUGGGCGUGCACAGCUUGAAGAGAGCAGGAUCCAAACAAUACAGUGCAGCCAUCGCCUUCACCCUGGCCCUUUUCUCCCAUCUCGUCAAUCAUGUCAACAUCCGCCUGCAGGCUGAACUGGAAGAGGGCGAGAACCCUGUGCCAGCUUUCCAGAGUGACAGCACAGAUGAGCCAGAGUCCAAGGAACCACUGGAGAAAGAGGAAGAGCCAGAUCCUGAGCCACCUCCUACAGCACAAGUGGGCGAGGGCAGAAAGAGCCGUAAAAUCUCCCGUCUCUCUUGCUUGCGCCGCCGCCGCCACCCGCCCAAAGGCGGUGAUGACAGUGACCUGAGUGAAGGCUUUGAAUCCGACUCAAGCCGUGACUCAGCCCGGGCCAGUGAGGGCUCAGACAGUGGCUCAGACAAGAGUCUUGAAGGUGGAGGGACGGCCUUUGAUGCUGAGACAGACUCAGAAAUGAACAGCCAGGAGUCCCGAUCAGACUUGGAAGAUAUGGAAGAUGAGGAAGGUGUGCGUUCCCCAUCUCUGGAAUUCCCCCAGGCCAGGUCAGAGGCUCCUGAGUCCCUCAAUGGCCCACUGGGUCCCAGCGAGGCCAGUAUUGCCAGCAACCUACAAGCUAUGUCCACUCAGAUGUUCCAGACCAAGCGCUGCUUCCGACUGGCCCCCACCUUCAGCAACCUGCUCCUUCAACCUCCCACUGAACCUCACACUUUGGCCAGCUAUAAGCCCUGUGUCAAUGGGGAUGUGGACAAACCCUCAGGGCCAGCCUCUGAGGAGGGCUCUGAGUCGGAGGAGAGUGAAUCCAGUGGACACUCCUGUCGGAAUGAGCGCAGCAUCCAGGAGAAGCUGCAGGUCCUGAUGGCUGAAGGCCUGCUUUCUGCUGUGAAAGUCUUCCUGGAUUGGCUGAGAACCAACCCUGACCUCAUCAUCGUGUGUGCACAGAGCUCCCAAAGUUUGUGGAACCGUCUGUCUGUGUUGCUGAAUUUGUUGCCAGCUGCCAGUGAACUCCAGGAGUCUGGCCUGGCUCUGUGUUCUGAGGUCCAGGAUCUUCUUGGAGGCUGUGAGCUGCCUGACCUGCCUCCUUCCCUGCUACUGCCUGAGGACACAACUCUUCGCAACCUGCCUCCCCUCCGGGUUGCCCACAGACGCUUUAACUUUGACACAGAUCGGCCCCUGCUUAGCGCCUUAGAGGAGUCGGUGGUGCGUAUCUGCUGCAUCCGAAGCUUUGGCCACUUCGUUGCUCGCCUGCAGGGCAGCAUCCUACAGUUCAACCCAGAAGUUGGCAUCUUCGUCAGUAUCACCCAAUCUGAGCAGGAGAGCCUGCUACAACAGGCCCAGGCCCAGUUCCGCAUGGCACAGGAGGAAGCUCGGCGCAACAGGCUAAUGAGAGACAUGGCUCAACUCCGGCUUCAGCUUGAGGUCUCCCAGCUGGAGGGAAGCCUGCAGCAGCCCAAGGCCCAGUCGGCCAUGUCGCCCUACCUUGUUCCUGACACCCAGGCCCUCUGCCACCACCUCCCUGUCAUCCGCCAGCUGGCCACCAGUGGCCGCUUCAUUGUUAUCAUCCCAAGGACUGUGAUCGAUGGCCUGGAUCUGCUGAAGAAGGAACACCUAGGGGCCCGGGAUGGGAUCCGAUACCUAGAGGCAGAGUUUAAAAAAGGAAACAGAUACAUUCGCUGCCAGAAAGAGGUGGGAAAGAGCUUUGAGCGGCAUAAGUUGAAGAGGCAGGAUGCAGACGCCUGGGCUCUCUAUAAGAUCUUGGACAGCUGCAAACAGCUUACUCUGGCCCAGGGGGCAGGCGAAGAGGACCCGAGUGGCAUGGUGACUAUUGUCACAGGCCUCCCACUGGACAAUCCCAGCACACUUUCAGGUCCCAUGCAGGCAGCCCUACAAGCUGCUGCCCAUGCCAGUGUGGACAUCAAGCAUGUUCUGGACUUCUACAAGCAGUGGAAGGAGAUUGGUUGAGACUGACCCCCCCGGCCCUGCAGUGGGGCUGACUCCAGAUCUCUCCUGCCCUCCCUGGCAGCCAGGACCACCACCUGUAGUCACCCCACCACAUGCAGACUCACGCACGCACACAGGAAGGAAGCCCAGCUGCGGGCAGAGGCUGCAGGGAGGGACCAGGAACCAGCGAGCAGGGAGGGCGGGGAUCCCCUGUGGCCAAGCUGAUGUCAGGAAAGCAAGGAAAGUGCUUGGAGCAGGAGAGGCCUGUGGGCCCCAGGCCAGCCUUCCUGCCUCAACCCCCCUGCUGUUCCAGGAUCAGGUGGCAGGCGUGGGGGGGGUCUGCGUUUCAUUGGAGUGGUUCCUGGACCUCUGAGGGGAAGGAACAGCAGAAGGGACCCUUCUUCCUCACUCAACAUCCAGGGUGGUUGGGAACCAGAAGUUUGGACCCUCCAGGCCCUGGGGGAAAAGUUGAGCAAGCCUGAUGUCUGGGUGGGUCUCUGCAGACCUAUCCCUUCCUCAAGAACCACCCAUCUUCCUUUCAUCGCCCUUUGUGGGGGCUGGGCAGCUCUGGAGCCAGGGGCUCUUCCAGAAGUGGGUUGUGGUGGGCCUGCAGUGAGUAGCAGGGUCAGGCUUGUGUUCCCCUCCUCUCUGAUGCAGGGGCCUGACACUGCCCUCUGCUUUUUGCUAUUCUCAGUCUAGCUGCCAGGCCAGGGAGC